CAGUUUAACCAUAACCAGUUACGACAGUCACCGAAAUUUUCCGCAUAAUUUUUCAAGACGCAUGCGUCAAUUUUACUAUCCAAAGUAUGGCGGCGCCCAGAAACAGAGUAACUGCGUGUAAAGAGUCAGUAAUAAUGAGUAAGAAAGGUGGAUUUUCCUGCGUCAUGUGCAAAAACAUAUCUGGACGAAAUGCAGGAAUAAAGUUUUUUCGUUUUCCAAACGAUCCAGAAAUGUCUAGAUUAUGGCUCAAAGCUUGCAAUCGUACGAUAAAUAGAACAACAGAAGAACUGUAUAAAAAUUAUCGAAUUUGUAGUGUUCAUUUCAACGAGAACAUGUAUCUCAAUGACUUAAAAACUAGACUCUUACCUCGAGCUAUACCUAUACAGACUGCAAUACAGACCUCAAACAUAACAAAUCCAAACUGCGACACUGACAUUAUUUCACAAGGUAAUAUUCUUUACUUUUUACUCAAUUAUAAGUGACACUAAUAAUUUUUUAUCACAGAAAGUACAGAAUCUCGACAGCAAUUU